GGCCCCGCUGCUGGCCCCGCCGGCCUACAACUGGCAGGCCUCGCAGCGCUCGGUGCAGGAGCGCUUCUCCUUCAUGUUCAACAACGAGCUGCUGAGCGACGUGCACUUCGUGGUGGGCAAAGGCCGCCAGACCCAGCGCUUCCCGGCGCACCGCUUCGUGCUGGCCGUGGGCAGCGCCGUCUUCGACGCCAUGUUCAACGGCGGCAUGGCCACCACCUCCGGGGAGAUCGAGCUGCCCGACGUGGAGCCCGCGGCCUUCCUGGCGCUGCUCAAGUUUCUGUACUCCGAUGAAGUUCAGAUCGGCCCAGAGACGGUCAUGACCACUCUCUACACAGCUAAGAAGUAUGCCGUGCCUGCCUUGGAGACCCACUGUGUGGAAUUUCUCACCAAGCACCUCCGGGCUGAUAAUGCUUUCAUGCUGCUCACCCAGGCUCGCUUGUUUGAUGAGCCCCAGCUCGCCAGUCUCUGUUUGGAUACCAUUGACAAAAGCACAGUGGAUGCGAUCAGUGCAGAAGGAUUCACUGAUGUAGAUUUGGACACACUGUGUGUGGUGUUAGAACGAGACACCCUCAGCAUUCGUGAGAUCCGGCUUUUUACAGGAGUGGUCCGGUGGGCGGAGGCAGAAUGCCAACGCAGGCAGCUACCGGGGACCUCAGCAAACAAGCAGAAAGUCCUGGACAAAGCAGUCUCACUGAUACGGUUCCCGCUGAUGACCAUUGAAGAGUUUGCUGCAGGACCAGCUCAAUCUGGGAUACUUUCUGACCGAGAAGUCGUUAACCUUUUUUUACACUUCACGUUAAAUCCCAAACCAAGGGUGGAAUACAUCGACCGGCCUCGAUGUUCCCUCAAGGGGAAAGAGUGCAGUAUUAAUCGCUUCCAACAGGUAGAAAGCCGCUGGGGCUACAGCGGGACAAGUGAUCGGAUCAGGUUUUCGGUGACCAGGAUAGUGUCGAUAGUGGGGUUUGGCCUCUAUGGCUCCAUUCAUGGUCCAACGGAUUAUCAAGUUAAUAUACAGAUCAUUGAAAGUGAAACAAACACAACGCUGGGGCAGAACGAUACAGGAUUCUGCUGUGAUGGGUCAGCCAGCACGUUCAGGGUCAUGUUCAAAGAACCAAUCGAAAUAGUGCCAUGUGUGAUCUACACAGCCUGUGCCACUCUCAAGGGCCCAGACUCUCAUUACGGCACCAAGGGUUUACGGAGGGUCCCUCACGAGUCUGCAGCCACCGGCAUGAGCACUUACUUUGUCUUCUUCAGCGCCCCUGGCAAUAACAACGGAACAUCAAUCGAAGAUGGUCAGAUCCCAGAGAUUAUCUUCUACACGUAACCUGGUCACCUGCUUAGAGUUGGUCCCGGCUGUCAGCAAAGCGAGCCCCCGGUGGCACGUAGUAUUUGGCUAUUGUUUUUUCUUCCUCUCUCUCUUUCUCGGCGGUGAUUCCCUCGUGUGGAUGAAGUAUAGAGUACUGAGGUUGAAGCCAGGGGUAAAGAGGGGGAUGGGAGAGUGUAGUUUGGCUCGAGCUAACACGUUCUCCGUGAACUUUCAGAGUAGAAUGCAUUUACUGAUUCUAGAGAGUGGAUCCACAAGUGCCGGUCGGUGAGAUUCUGCGGAGACGGUUUAGAGCAGGAGACCCUCCGUGACGGACUGGUUGGAAAAAGCACCGAUUUCCAAACUAAAAAGCCUAACUAGCUGGAAAUAAUAUUGCCAAGAACAUGUUUUAUUCAGCGGUAACUAUACAAUUAAGAGAAACUUACUGUAGCAGUUGACCUUCCAGUGUUAGGUUUCAGGACUUACUGUUUCAUCAUGGAACUGUGGCAAGUGAUUCUUGGUAUUAUUAUAAUAAAAUAUUUAACUUCAGCCAAAUCACCAUUUGUGAAUCACAAUAGUUUUUCUUCUUACACCUGGCCCGGUCUCCUCGCAAAAGGGUUGAAGGCAAGACAUUUGCUCCUCCCUGCCAGUCUGUGAUGACUUGAAAGUGUCUUAGAUUUGACCCUUUCCUGAUUAUAUUUCCCCUUCCAGGUUAUUGCCCGGCACUGGACACUGGGAAUUGCCACCCCAUUGUUCACUCUGCUCUGCCCAGCUCUUGCCCUGUUGUUAAAUCAUGCCCAAGUCAACUGUAUCUAUUGUGUUUUUCUUCCAUCACCUACCCAAGGAAAGUGCUUUAUGCACCCUCGUAUGGUAUUUGAGUUCCGGGAUUUGCUGUGUUCUGUCUAAUUUGCUUUCAAAACUAUUGUUUAAAAGUUAGCUGGAAUACCUGGCUUGAAGAGCUUCUGGCAUCCAAUCCACAUUUUCAUUAAGAACUCCCUCUGCAAAAAAUGCCAUCAUUCUGGCAUUGGGUCAGGCAGGAUUCUUCAGCCGUUUAUUUCAUAACAAGUCCUUGUAGUGGAGGAGGUUUCGAGGAAAAUUAUACUUUUAUUUUUAAUGAUACUUGUAGGUUCAAGGUCCAUUUAGGGACUUUGAGCUCACAGACUAAACUGACACUCCAGUGCAGUGCUGAGGAAACACUGUAUUGUCGUAGGUGCUGUCCUUCCUUUAGAUAGGAUAAAUUGAAAUUCCGUCUGAAGCCACAGGUGGAUGUUAAUGAUCACAUUACACUAUUUGAUAAGAGAAGGGAGAUUCUCCCUUUGUCAACACUCCUCCAGAUUUAUUGGUUAGUCACUUUAUAGCUGUAAACUGAACCUUCCCAUUUGCCCAAUAACUGCCUCAUGUGUCUACAAAUACGGUCAAUAUCCUUGAAAACAAUACUUGUGAAUUGCUUUGAGACAUUUGAUGUUAUCGAUGUUAUAUUAAACGCUAGUAUUAUUAUUGAAGGCACAUUCUUCAGAGUUAGAGCAAAAAUUGUUUAUUUGUUGGAUUAUUCCACUCACCACUGCGUGCAAUUUUUUCUACUGGGCUCUCGAUUAAGAAGUUACAAAAUUGAUCACUUCUCCUUUGGUCAGCUGGACUCUGCAGCUCGUAGACACAUACCCUAUUUAUGCCACAAUCCUUUUAUUAUGGCUGUGCAAUUGUGAAGAUGAAUUGUAUGUCUUUGUGUGUGAUGGAAAGACUGGAUACAGGUGGCCGCUCUACACAAUGGCUGGCCCACUGCACUGUUCUAAGGUCUUGCUUUCAGCCAGGGAGGGAUGCGAGAUCCUGCUUUGUGAACGUUGAAGAGGAACGUACAUUACACUGUGCGGAUAUUCAUUGCAUAGAGUGGAUACACAGCAGAUGCUCUAUUCAUACGUAAGCAGGACUGUCUUUUAUUUGAGAAAAUGUUGGGCUCCUGGAUGUAGCCCAGUUAGCAAAGAUAAUAUAAGACCAUCUCAAUUUAAACUGAGAAAUGCCUGUCAACACAGUCGCUCUCAUUGGAAUGCUGCGUAUUAUGUACCAAUCGGGCAAUUUAUCAAUCCUCCCUUCAAGUUGAAUCCCAGUCUCCAAGUCACUGCAGAGAUUCUCAAAAGAAUUCCCUGAAUUCAUGUAAUGUUCCUGCCAUAUUUGUUGUGUUAAACCAGUAACAAUUGGGAUUAGACAGUGUAGCUAUGGGUUAGUACUGGACUAGAACUUUUAUUUACUCCGGGUUCAGAUCUUUCGGAUUCCCUUAUUUACGUGAGAGCCCGUAUACAUGGAGUUGUAACAGUUAAUCCAGGGACGUGUGUCUUCUGCAUUUUUUAAUCUGCAUUGGAUAAUUGUAUGUUACUCUCUUCUCUCCUGAAAUAAAACGUGUUUUUAAGAAAA